AUGGAUGCGCAACAAGACUGGCGGACCUCACUCAGAGCGUCUGAACGGUACGACAAUAUUCAGAAUAUCCAGCGAGCACUCGCAUCCAAUCCGGAACUCGCGGUUGGCAAAACUCCCUUUGUCAUUGAAGAUGAGGUCUACAGGUCUUCCGCUUCACGCGACGAGUAUGAUGCUGCUUGCGACAUUUCUCAGUCCUUGCAGUCCAGAGUCCUGGAGCCCACAGUGAUCUCACCACCUUCACCACCGUUUAUGAACAGCCAUGGUACCGAUGUCCAUGUCGAUGUCGAAGAGGCGUCAGGCGAGAGGAUAGGACCCUAUCGAAAUUGCCAAUACAUUGCCAGCGGUGUCACAGCCGAGGUGUACCGCUGCGGAGACCGUGCCUUGAAGGUCGUCACCGAGACACACAAUAUUGCGCCUCACGAUCCCUUCCGCGAGGCCAAGAUUCUCGCCCAGCUAAAGAGACCCUGCAUACCACUUCUAGAGACCUUCCGCGAUCAUGAACAACGCUUCACCCUCGUCUUCCCUUACAUGCCUCUGACACUGUCCGGGCUGCUUGAUAGCGGACCCCUAGAGAGUGCCCAGAUCCGCACCAUCUUCACGGAUCUGUUCGAGGCGCUCAAGAACAUCCACAGCCAGGGCAUAAUCCAUCGUGACAUCAAGCCGCAGGCCAUCCUCCUGGAAGCCCCUCAUGGUCCGGCCUACCUAUCUGAUUUUGGCACGGCAUGGCACCCCGAGUUGUCUUUGCAUACUGAGUCGGCCCAUGAUAAGAUCCUGGACAUCGGGACCGGCCCUUACCGUGCGCCCGAAGUCCUCUUCGGCAACAAGUCUUACGGUACUGCGGUCGACAUGUGGGGUGCAGGAUGUAUGCUGGCCGAGUGUGCGCGCCGUCCACCCCGGACGCUGUUCGAAUCCAGAGCUGUCCACGAGGACGGGAAUCAGUUAGGCUUGAUUUUGAGUAUAUUCAAAACCAUCGGCACUCCUACAAGAGAGACAUGGCCCGAGGCACAAAGCUUCAAGACGCCACCAUUUGAUUUCUACCAAGUCUUUCAAGGCCAACCUUGGAACGUCAUUCUAGGAGGUGUGGACGAGGGCUGGGCCGAUAUCGUCAAGAAGAUGGUGAGAUACGACUCGACACGGAUGACGGCUGCCAAGGUAAGUCGCCUGCUCUUCUGGUCAAAUACCUCUCUAUAG